CUUUGGGUGGAUAUUUGGGUACUGGGGAGUCUGAGGGGUGUUUUGGGGUGCUGAGGGGGAGCUCUGGGGAUUCAGGGCGGGCCUAGAGGGCUCUUUUGGGAUGCUGGGGGUGUUUGGGGGGUUAUUUGGGUAUUGGGGUGCCCCUGAGGAGUAUUUUGGGGUGCUGAGGGGGGGCUCUUGGGUCGCUGAUGCCCACCUGCAGGUGCAGCUGGCCGGGGUGCUGGAGCUGCGGGUGCUGUCGGCACGGGGGGGGCCGUGUGGGGGUCCCCCCUCCUGUCGUCUUGUCUUCCGCCUCUGUCUGUGGCCCCCUGGAGGGGUCAGCUGCAGCCUGGGGGUUACUCACAGCUCCCCCGGACACCCCCCUGCCCCGGGCCCCCCCCGCAUCUUCCGCCUGCCUUUCACCUUCCCCUGGCCCGGCACCGUCUCCCUCAUCAUCAAGUCGUGGCGGCUGGAGGAGGCUAAAGGCUCUGGGGGGCCCCAGGGCCGGCUCUUGGGGCACGCGGUGGCCCAGCAGCACCUCUCCCCAGGGGGUCCCUGGCGGGGGGGGGAUGGGGGAGGCCUGCGCUUUGGCACCUGCCUGCGCUGCCGCCCCCCUGCCCGUGGCCCCCGUUGUGUCCCCCGCUGUGCCCCCUGCACCCGCCGCUGCCCCCCCUGCUGCACCCACUGUGGGUGCUGGGAAGCCUGCGCCCCCCCCCCCCCCGGUGCCAACAGGGGCACCUGCACAGGUUGUGGGAGCAACCCCCUGGGGCUGCACUGGGACAUUCCCAGCCCAGGACAGCCACUGGCAGCACUGGAAGCGGUGAUGGGCCCGGUAGCGCCAGCAGCAGCACUGGCAGCACCAGCGGUGGCACUGGCAGCAACAGCCCUUGAAGCCCCGGUGCUGGCAGCAGUGUCAGCGUUUCUGUCGUUGCUCCCAGCUGCAGGGUGGUUGGUGAUGCCGGAGCCUGUCCUGGAGGUGCCACCAUCCCCAUGCGCCCUCGGUCCCUGCUUCAACGGCGGUGCCUGCACCCCCGACCCGGCCCCCGGCGCCGGCUACACCUGCUGCUGCCCCCCUGGCUUCCAUGGCUCCAACUGCGAGGGCCGCGCCCUCUGCCUGCACGGCGGCCAGUGCAGGGACUUGGGUCGCAGCACCAUUUGCAAAUGCCAGCCGGGUUUUUCGGGGCGCUGGUGUGAACACAACGCCGAUGACUGUACCCCCAACCCCUGCGCCAACCGUGGCACCUGCCAGGACGGCGCCAACACCUUCACCUGCUCCUGCACCCUUGGCUACGCCGGCGCCGAUUGCGAUGCCUCUGCCUCUGGCCCCUGCCUGCACAGUGCCACCUGCUACACCCACUUUUCAGGCCACAUCUGCACCUGCCCCCCCGGAUUUAUGGGGUCCUGCUGCAAGGAGGAGGUUGGGGGUCCCCCCUCCGGCCCCCCAAUGCCCCUUGCCCUGCUGGGCCCUGGUGUGGGGCUGGCACUGGUGGUGUGGCGGUGGCUGCUGGGGGAGAGGUGAGACCUGGGCUGGGGAGGUUUGGGGGGGGGGGGGCACAGGACCCCUGGCACGAGCCCCACAGGGAGGGAGCGGUGGCUGCCAUGUGCCUCUGCUACCUGGAUGUGA